GAAGAAGCAAGCAUUUUAUCAAGGUGAUUCAGAAGACAAAAAUGAAGAGCAAGAAAAGCCGCAUCUGCCAGACAAAAAUGGCCGAAGGCGCCCAAAUAGGCGCCCAAAAUGGAGGCCUCCGCGGCCGCCUACGGGAAAAAUCAGAAGUCAACCUCGCUUUGACUCGGGACUAGGAAAAGACCGAAGGCUACCGACACUGGACAGAAGGCGGCCGCCUACGGUGGCCGCCUGCGGCACAAGGGGACGAAACCAACCACCGGUCGGCCAGACGGGACGGCAGGCGGCCAGACAGGACGGCAGGCGGCCGCCUGCUGGACCGCCUGCGGCGGCCGGGAUCCGCCGGGAUCCGCCGCGAUCCGAUUUGAACGUGAAAAGACGGCAGGCGGCCGAGGUGUGACGGAAGGCGGCCGCCCUCUGUGGCCGCCUACGGCGGACGGGACCGGCCACGAUCCGCUGCCGGCGAUUAGACGGAAGGCGGCCGGAUAGAGGCGGAAGGCGGCCGCCUGGAUGGCCGCCUACGGAGAAAAAUUUCCUAUAAAUUGCCCGAUUUUUGCUGAACUCAAACACACCACUUCCAACCCUAAAUCAGUUCAAAACACCCUCUUUCUUCCUCCAUUUUCGAGCUCCAAAGGUUUUAGAGAGAGAGAAACUUCAAAUCUUCAUAUCUUCUUCAUUUUAGCUCCAAAUUAUGUCUGGAGGAAGACGUGACGAUCCCAUUUUCGAGGAGCCACCACUAGGACGGGAAGACCCGCCACCUCAGCCUGAUAUCCCAUUUGCUACUAUUGCUGAUCGCAGACGCUUCCAGGCAUGGGGGCAAUACCGCACACUCCUUCCUCCCAUGAUCCUGGACCCGACGAUGCUAGAGGAAUGGGGGUACUGGGAUGACAUUGAUGCCCUGCUAGGAGACUCUUUAUGGCGGAGGAUUCUAUUCGUUCAGGAGAGGGCCAGCCUUCCAUUGACGAUGGAGUUUCUGUGCUCCGUUCAGUUCACUCAUUACGGACAGGCUGUGCAGGAGGGUGCUGUUAUUGGGUCAGAGUCUCGGAUGAGGUUUACUAUUCUAGGCAUGGAGCACUCCAUCACUGUGGCUGAGCUCGGAUGGAGGAUGGGGCUCUAUACCCCAGCAUACACACAGACUGAGGAGUUCCGUGCUCUUCCGACCCGCUUACCCGAGGCAUUUGACAUUGAUGAGUUCUGGCACAGACACUCCACAGACACCAGAUCAUUUCUCCGGAUGCACCCCCAUUCGAACAAAUGGAGGGAGACUCACUGGUACAUACUCUCGUUCGUACUUUCUUGUGGUUUUUUUGGACGACCUAACAACACAAACAGGUUGUCCAAAAAGGACAUACUAUUCUUUUGGAGUUUGAUUCACCGCAUCCCGGUGAAUAUGGCUGUCCUUAUGGCUCGUUUCUUCCGGAGCCAGGGGAAGACUGUGCGGCGCACUAUCCAGGCAGGGCCUUUCAUCACUACCCUCGUUAGAUCAUUCUACCCAGAUCUAGACAUUCCAGGGCUAUCACAUUUACAGGAGAGCAUCCGCGUUCUUCGAUCCUCAUCCUUUACCAACAUGAGGAUCAAGAAGAAGCGGAAUACUCAGGAGCUCCCAGGUAUUGAGCAGCCGACCCAGCAGAGUAGUUCUUCUCGACCCUCGGGACAUGAGGGAUCUAGUGAGCCCUUUUCAUACAUGCCUAGCGCCGCAGAUUGGAGAGCGAUGAUGGAUGGGAUGCGGAGUCUCCAGACUUCAGUUUCAGAGAUGCGGGUUGCACAGGACAGAGGGUUCCAGGAGAUGCGAGAUGCGCAUGAGACGGCCCUGGGAGAGUUCAGAGACUUUCGAUUAGCUCAGGAAAGAGCCACCCAGGAUAUGCAGGCGGAGCUAGAGACCCAGAGGCUAGAUAUUGAUGAGAUGAGAGAUUGGCUUAGGCCACACUAUGGCCCCCAGGAUGGCGCAGGCGAUGUUUAGAUUUGCUUCUUCCUUAACAUUUUUAUCAUGUUUGUUUGUUCUUCAGGUUGGACAUUGCGCUGCUCCUUUGACUUGAAUGCUCUUACAAACUGACUAUGGA